UCAAAAGAUGGCACCUGUCAAAUAAAAGCGAUCGAUAAACUAUCCGCAAUAAAAAAAUUUUCCUCUACACAAGAGAUACGAGCCAAAUCUAAUUGGUUUUUCUGCGCCAAUAGGCUGACGAAAUCGUGUAGGAAAUACCUCUGAGCAAUGUUGAGCUAGAGAAGGAUACCCCUUUCAUCACAGGAUACUGAAUGCAAAGCACUUGCAUCCGUUUGCUUCGAAUAGAAUCAUCGUCGAAUCAACUACGUCACAUCAUCUCCAUCCGACCAUUUCUCUGACCUCCGUCAAAUUCGGGUAUAUUAUAGUUAGUGGAAGCAAUGAAGAAGCAAAAUGUGCGAACUAUUUCGUUGAUUGUGUGUACCUUCACUUACCUUUUAAUCGGGGCGGCCGUAUUCGAUGCCCUCGAGUCGGAAACGGAAAAGAAGCGCUGGAAGGCACUCAGCGCGGUAGAGAAUGUGCUCAUCACAAGAUACAACAUAUCGGCGGAAGAUUUCAAGGUGAUCGAAACAGUCAUCAUGAAAUCAGAACCUCACAAGGCGGGCCAGCAGUGGAAAUUCUCGGGUGCAUUCUACUACGCCACGACGGUGCUGACAACGAUUGGCUACGGUCAUUCCACGCCGUCGACAGUUAGCGGGAAGAUCUUCACCAUGUGCUACGCUGCCAUCGGGAUACCACUGGGACUGGUUAUGUUCCAGAGCAUCGGAGAACGGGUCAAUCGGUUGAGCAGCGUCAUUGUUCACGCGGUUAAAACGUCCUUCAACUGCAAGAAAGCAAUAGCCUCGGAGGUGGACCUAAUACUGGUCGUAACCACGCUGAGUUCCCUGACCAUUGCGGGCGGAGCAGCGGCGUUUAGUAAAUUCGAAAACUGGUCCUAUUUUGACUCCGUAUAUUACUGUUUUAUCACGUUGACCACCAUAGGUUUCGGUGAUAUGGUGGCCCUACAGAAGGAUAACGCUCUGAACCAAAAGCCCGAAUAUGUCGCGUUCGCACUGAUAUUCAUACUCUUCGGGUUGGCGGUUGUCGCUGCGUCGCUGAAUCUUCUGGUGCUGCGGUUCGUAACGAUGAAUACCGAGGAUGAAAAACGGGACGAAGCGCAGGCCAUUCAGGCCAUGCAAAUUGCUGUCAAGCUGGACGGAGACAUCAUUACGGGCAACUCGAGCGACUCCGAUCGAAGAUGUUACGAGGGAGUGUCGAUUUCGGGACUAGCACGAACCAACUGUGCCAGUUGUGUCGAGACGAGCGUCGGAUACAUCAUGGAUGCGAGCUAUCGAUAUCCGCUGGUGGAUUGUGAAAUGGCCGAGCUGCGAUCGCCAGGGCAGCGCGGCAACACGUUCGAUUUGGAAACCGACGAUGAAGGGCUAAUAAGACCGCUGCGGAGUGAUUUCCAACCGAGCCGGGGAAGGGCGUCGGUUUAAACCACGCAGGGCACAACUCUCGGAGCAAACAAAAAAAAAACACACACAAAACGCCAAUGGUUUAGAAUUAAAUAUCAGAUAAGUAACUUUUUGGGUCUAAAUUUUUAAUAGAAAAAAAUAUCGUCGAUUUUUAAGCGUUGGUAAUUGGGAGCAAUCGGUUGAUAAAUAAAAAAACAGAAACUC